CUCCAGACAUCAUCGAGGGAGCAUGGAUGAAGGCAACCUGAAACUCGCACAAGAGUUUCUUCCUGAAGAGUAUGUGCGACAAGGAGGUGUGUCACUGGGCGGACGGGCCCGUGCGGUGCGGAGUCUCCUGUCGCAGCGACAGCUGCCGAGACAGGGCUGGAACGAGGCGAGCAUCAGUGCCUUUCUCGAUGAGCUGGCGACGAUGGACUCGAACAACUUUGCUGAUCGUGCUGGUGUUGGUGAGCGGGAGGCUCGCGUGUUCUCGCCGCUGGUAGCUCGGAGACACUUUGGACUCGGCCAUGGCGUCGGCCGAUCGGGCGAGCUAGCUGCUGUCCAGCCCAAGGCUGCCGGAUCAUCGCUGAUGUACAAGCUGGCCAACGCUCUUGUUCUGCACGCGCUUCGGCUGGCAGGCAUGCGGGUCGCAAAGAAAGCCAUCAUUGUGCCGACCGCCACGGGUAUGGCGCUCGUUCUCUGUCUCCUUGCGCUCUGUGCGCAGGACGAGGAGGCCAACCGCGAGGAGCACGGCUCGAGUGCUGACGAUGGUGGGGCAAGUGAGAGCAGACACGCGCGGCGGUACGUCAUCUGGCCGCGGAUCGACCAAAAGACGGCGUUCAAGGCCAUCCUCACUGCGGGGCUCACGCCGCUGGUGGUGGAGCCGCGCAAGUGCCCACGCGGAAGCGACGCGCUGGUCACCGACGUCGACGGCGUGCGGGCAGCGAUCGAGUCGGUCGGCGCCGACAACGUGCUGUGCAUUCUCUCGACCACCUCUUGCUUUGCGCCGCGAACGCCCGACAAGGUGGUGGCGCUGGCGGAGUUGGCGUCCGAGUACGGCAUCGGGCAUGUGGUCAACAACGCGUACGGUGUGCAGUCGCGGCGUUGCAUGGGUCUGCUCAACGAGGCUGCACGGGUCGGCCGGCUAGAUGCCUUUGUCCAAAGCACUGACAAGAACUUUAUGGUGCCGGUCGGCGGCGCCGUGGUGGCAUCGGCUAACAAGGCCUUUGUUGACGCCGUCUCGCUGCUCUACCCGGGGCGCGCGUCGGCGGCACCCAUCGUCGACCUCUUCAUCACCCUGCUGGCCAUGGGCGAGGAGGGAUGGACCGAGCUGCUGGCCUCGCGGGCCGACGUCUUUGGCUACGCACAGGCCGAGUUGGCCCAGGUCGCUGAGCGGACUGGGCUCCGCCUCCUCGACGUGCGCGGCAACGACAUCUCGAUGGCGCUCUCGCUUGACGCGCUGAGCUCCGAGUGCGGCGGCGACGACGAUGCCGUCACCAUGCUCGGCUCGAUGCUGUUUGUGCGCUCGGUUUCGGGCGCCCGCGUCGUUGUCCCGUCCAAGACCAAGACCAUCGGCCCGGUCACGUUUGCCCACUACGGGUCGCACUCGUCGGCCUCGUCCGAGCCGUACGUCAACGUCGCCGCCGCCAUUGGCAUGACCUCCACGGACAUCGACCGCUUCGUUGUCCGCUUUGAGAAGACGCUCGCCGCGUGGCGCAAGGCACACGCCUCCCCGAGCACCAGCACCUCCUGA